UCUCUCUCUCUCUCCUGCUUGCUUUCGGAGUUGGCACUGCAAAGUCGCCGUCGAUCUACUUCCGGCCGCCCCAACAUCUCCUAAAUUUCCCACUUACCAUUAUUUGAGGAUGGCACUUGGCUGCAGCAAGUCUUUUUUGCUUUGUUUUCUUUGAUCUGUAGAUUUUUCUAACAUGGCUGGUAGAUUGAUCCACAAGUUACUGAGGGGUAGACUCCAAUCUCAAUCCACUGUCCCUCCAGUUUUGUCAUCCCGUUUUUCUAACAAAGAUGGAUCUCCUGGCAUGGAAUACCUAAGAACUUUUGCACUGCUUGGAGCUGGUGUAUCGGGGCUUUUGAGUUUCACAACAAUAGCAUCUGCUGAUGAGGCUGAACAUGGUCUACCAUGUCCAAACUAUCCCUGGCCUCACGAAGGCAUUCUGAGUUCAUACGAUCAUGGCUCAAUUCGUCGUGGUCAUCAGGUUUACCAGCAAGUCUGUGCUUCCUGUCAUUCUAUGGGCCUAAUUUCAUAUCGUGACUUGGUGGGUGUAGCAUACACAGAGGAGGAAACAAAGGCUAUGGCAGCUGAGAUUGAGGUUGUUGAUGGACCCAAUGAUGAGGGUGAAAUGUUUACUCGCCCUGGUAAACUUAGUGAUCGUUUCCCGCAGCCAUAUGCCAAUGAACAAGCUGCUAGGUUUGCUAAUGGAGGAGCCUAUCCUCCAGAUCUAAGUCUUAUCACCAAAGCUCGUCACAAUGGUCAGAACUAUGUAUUUGCCCUUCUAACUGGUUACCAUGAUCCUCCUGCUGGUGUUUCAAUCCGAGAAGGUUUGCAUUACAAUCCUUACUUCCCUGGUGGAGCUAUUGCUAUGCCUAAAAUGCUUAAUGAUGGAGCUGUUGAGUAUGAAGAUGGUACCCCUGCAACGGAAGCUCAGAUGGGGAAGGAUGUUGUGUCGUUUUUGUCAUGGGCUGCAGAACCAGAAAUGGAAGAAAGGAAACUGAUGGGAUUCAAGUGGAUAUUUGUCCUGUCACUGGCAUUGCUUCAAGCUGGUUAUUACCGACGAAUGAAGUGGUCCGUUCUCAAGUCUCGUAAGCUCGUGCUUGAUGUCGUCAACUAGAUCUGUAUCCUCUUGUUCCUCUUGAGAUAAUGCUUGUGGGAGGAAUCCAUAUGGCAAUAAUUUAUACGACGAACUAUGUUUUUCUGCUGUGAAAAUUGGUUCAACCCGUCCAUUGGUAAUGGGGGGUUACUGGAAGAGUUAAUUUUUGAGUUAAAUUCAGUUGACGAAAUAAGAGACUGUUUUUUUGAAAUUGUGAACUGGCCAGAAUUGUUGAAAUGCAAAAUUUUUGUGGUUGGCUUCCAGUCUUGUGUAUUGUCGUUUCCUUUUUCGAUUGACUGUAGAAACAUACGAAUGUGUAAUACAAUAUUUGUUUUGUGCUA